UGUUCGUCGGCUGUUUGUAAAACAGCACCGUCCGCUCGGUCCAUCCAUGGUCCCCGCUACGUCCUCUGCGCCCCUGUAGCCCCUCCACCAUGGCGGGCAACGACGACAGCGACAUCAUAGAGCACCAUGUCGAGGAGGAGAUGGAGAAGAAGGGCGCGAGGAGCCACGCAGAGAGCGUCUCUCCGUUCGACAGAGAGGGCCACAGCGGCACCCAGUCCUCCCACAGACUGCUGGCCUACAGCGACGCCCUCAUCUCCAUCAUCGCCACCGUCAUGAUCCUCCCUGUUUCUCACACAAAGGUGGAAGACAAUGAGGAGUUGAGGGAGAGCGUUCAGCUUCUGCUGACAACAAAAAUAGCAGUUUACUUAAUGACAUUCCUGAUCGUGACUGUUGCGUGGGCUGCUCAUAUCAGGUUAUUUCAGGUAAUUGUACGCAUCGACGAUUCCCUCGCACUGCUGAACCUUGCCUGCAUGAUGCUGAUAACCUUUCUACCGUACACGUUCUCUCUGAUGGCGACCUUCCCCAAGAACUUUCUCGGGAUUUUGCUCUUCUGUGGUUGCGUGAUGGUGAUGGGCAUCAUUCAGUCGGUGAUUGUGCUGUACGCCUUCAGCCGUCCCUUCCUGCUGAACGAGCAGAUCCAGAUCUCAGAGAACCAGACCUUCUACAAACACCACAUCCUCAAAGUCAUCAUGCGGGUUCCCCUCAUGUGCUUCUUCGCCAGCAUCUUCUCCUUCAUCUUCCUACAGCUGUCUUAUGUGCUGUUGGCAAUUGUCAUCUUCCUGCCGUACAUCUCCAAGUCCUUGAAGUGGUGUCGCAGCAAAGCGAUCGGUCAGGUGGAGGAGACUCCAGACUCUAUGUUGUUUUACACCUACUUGCCCAACGAGCCCCUCAGCAAGGACCGAGUGGAGGCUUUCAGUGACGGAGUUUAUGCCAUCGUAGCGACGCUUCUCAUCCUGGACAUAUGCACGGACAAUGUUCCCGAGCCGGCCGUUGUGCAGAGGAAGUUUGGCGGUAGCCUGAUAGCAGCUCUGCAGGGUUAUGGGCCGGAGUACCUCGCCUACUUUGGUUCCUUCGUCACCGUCGGACUCCUCUGGUUCGUGCACCACUCGCUCUUCCUCCAUGUCACCAAGACAACACGCUUCAUGGGCCUGCUGAACACCUUCUCGCUGGCGUUUGUCGGAGGUUUGCCUUUAGCCUACCAGCUAACUCACGAAUUCCCACACAACUCUCGCAACGAACUGGAAGCUAUUCAGAUUAGCUGCGUGAUCAUUUUCUUCGCAGGUAUAUUUCAGCUUGCUAUUUGGGUAGUCGCUCUUUACAACGAACAAGAAACUCUGCACCCUUAUGUACGUUAUGGCGGACGCGAGCACGUGUUUAUGCUAGCUAAGCUGGCUCUGUACCCCUGCGUAGCACUGGGGACAUUUUUCCUCACGUGCAUUUUGAGUAAAUUUAGCGCCCCAAUUUUCCACCUGAUGGAGAUCACAGUGCCUUUCGCUUUUUUCGUGCUGAGGCUGUUGGUGCGAGUCGCGCUAGCUUUGCUACGGCUAAUUUUCUGCCCUGACAGGCCCGACCAAAGGUCUGUUGUGGAAGAAGAAGAUGACGAGACAAGAGUGCCGUUCAACGCUUUAGUGACCUAGCUAGCUUGAAGGGGAGUGGCCACAGAGAGGCAAGCUAACGCGACAGGAGAGGGAGGCAUUGCUGCUGAAAUGCUUGGUCUCUGAGAGAGUUACUGCGAUGGUUUGACUUGGUAACCACAUGGAAAGAAGACUGCAUUAUGAGAAGGAUAAUGCAAAUCUUGAGAAGGAAUCAGUGCAAAUGGGAUUAGAUGUGACCUCAUGUUGAAGGCAAAGUGUGGAAGUCGUAGAACUUUAGGAAACACUCAGUGGACCAAAGUAGUGAAGGAUACUGACAGCCAAAGCCUAUUAAUUUAUUCAGUUUUUUGUUUUAUACAGUACUAAUGCUAGUUUUGAUUGCUGAAUAAUCAACAAUCAUCUGCAAGGACGCAAAGGCUUCAUCUUAAAUGACCCACAAUAAGGUUUUCCACUUUGAUUUUAUCGCUGCCAAAGUAGCAAAAGGUAUAAAAUGAGAAUGGCUCACUUGUGUUUUCAGGGAUGCCUUGACAUCAUGUUCAUGCCAGUCAACGUAGCGUACACUUCACUCUGAAAAGGCUCAGUCGAAGAGACGGAACAGGUCAUUAUAAUUAUAGUUCUGUUUCUGUGCCAAGUUCAGUAAGAUGAACAGUCCGUCCAUCUGCUCUGGUUCUAAUUCAGCCUUAAUUAAAUAAUUAAUUUACUCCGUCCAAAUGUUUGGGGUAUUUUUUACCCAGAGAAGAUUUUAUAAGCAUGUUGAGGCAGUUGCAGAAAUUCAUACAUGAGAGCUGAUGGCUGAAGUAUUUUGAAAUACUUUCUGUACGAUUACUGUAGUUUUGUGUUAACAAAUUUGUCUCCUUUCUCGCCAGUAUAAAUGUUGGAGUUGACCCGUUAGCAAACACGCAGGGGUUCAUGGGUGUAGUUUUUGGCACUUUAAACAUUGCACUGAACGGGUUUGGCCACAAGACUUCAAAUUGCACUAUUUUGGAAUAUUUUGAUUCAGAUAUUUGUGUGUUAAGCCCACUGGAAUGUAACAUCACCUUUUCAAAUACGUCAUAAUGCUGUUUUAUUUCUAUUAUCUUGUAAAAGGAAGCCUGUGCACUUAAAUGACCCCUAGUGUUUAAAAGUAGAAAAAGGACAGAUUUUAAAUGGCUGUUGUUUUUAGUUUUUAGUGAUAACGAUUCUGUUUUUUUUUUUGUUUUUUUUCCAAAAAUAAUGUCAACCCAAUGUCCCAAUGUUAACAUCAGAACUAAUCCAUUUAUUUUCACUGGAAAUAUCGCUCUGUUUUUAUGGAGAGGUUUGGAAAGGUAGGUGUAUACAGUUGUCCAGAGGGGGACGCUGUGGUUUCUGUUAUGUAGUCCUGAGAUGCUGAGGCUACUUUCAUCACUGCAAUGAUGACAUGCUCUGCUGUGAUGUGCGAUUACGUGCGUUUGAUACUGACUCAAAGGGAACUCAGAUCCGAGAUGCACUUUAAUGGAAACCUCUCAGGUGACGGAGAAGGUUUCCAUGUAUAUCGACAAGGUGCAAAGCAGAGUCGAAAGAAUAACAACGAAAAAACUUUUAAUGAUCACCUUUAAAGAAUGUGAGCAUACGAACAGCUUGUUUGUCACUGAUUGGACACUUGUCAUUUCAUUUUUUGGUUUCUUGUUUUUGUUGUCUUGUUUUUAGUCUGUUAAGGACUGAAGCUUCCAGAUACAGGUGCGGUUCGUUUAUGUGUAUUAGUAUCUAAUGAUCUGUUGGAUAGGAGCAUUGUCAUUUCUAUGAUUUUAUGGAGGAAUAAAUGUGUUUAUGUUCACUGUUCAUCAUGAGACUCUUUGGAUCCAAAACAUUUUUUUUCUCUGAAUAUAAACAGCUGUAUUUGUGCAUUUUCCACUGUUCUCACUCAGAAAUCAGGCUUUUUUAAAAUGACCUGUCUCCAUUUGGUGGCGUGUUUGUUGAGACCAGGAGUCCCUCUCUGCAGACAUUCCCUCUGACAGAUUUCUCUUGUCAUGCUUAGGUGUUUAGCUGUUUGUAUAGCUACAUGAGUGUGAAUGCUGCAUCUGCUCUUUCACACAAAUCUGUUUUUGAAUGUCAAAUCAUAAACUGUCCGGCUUUGUUUUGUGAAUAAAUCUGAAGUCAUUCCUUCAA